GCAGCUCUACCAGGAAACAAACAGCUACGAAAAAAAGGCUAAAUAGUCGCUAUCCUCCUACUGCUCUCUUGUUUUCAGCGAUGUAGAGAAAAGAGGCUGAGCUACUCUUAAAUAAAACAGCAGGACCCAUGACCCUGACACGAGGAUCCUUUACUUACUCCAACGGCGAGGAGUACCACGGGGAAUGGAAAGAAGGUCUUCGUCAUGGCCUGGGUCAGUUGACCUUCAGCGAUGGGACGUGCUACACUGGACAGUUUGAAAAUGGCCUCUUCAAUGGUUGUGGGGUGCUGGUCUUUCCUGACGGCUCCAGGUAUGAAGGAGAAUUUGUGCAGGGGAAGUUUCAAGGUGUCGGCGUCUUCACUCGCUUUGAUGGCAUGAAGUUUGAGGGCGAAUUUAAAAGUGGCUGUGUGGAUGGCUAUGGAGUGCUGGCGUUUGUGGACGGAGGCCCCGGAGGAGGCACCCACGAGGGUCUGUUUGAGACCAGCCAGCUGAUGAAGAGAGAGAACAGCCAGGGAGCUGUGCAGCGGGCGCAGGCGGCAGCUGCCAAGGCCCGAGCUCUGGCCAUGUGACGUGGACUACAUCACCCACAGUGCCCCAGUACCAGAAUCAUCCUCCCAACACUACCCCCUUGGUUUGAGGUGUUUAAUUUUUCCUUUAAUUUUAUUACUCUUUGGCUCCUUCUCAUCCACUUUUUGUUGGACUGGUAAGUUAGUUUUUAGGAUUUUAUUCUUAUACGUCUGUUCUAUCUCUCAUUCAUGUAACAUGCAGUAUGCGCAGAGAAGAAAUGAAUGGCUCCCUUAAGUUUUGUCAACACAGCCACUGAAUCAGGAUCUGCUGAGCCAAACGCAGAUUUAAUGUUCAGUUCACACACUGGUGCUAAAUCUGUUUCAGGGUCAGGUAAUCUGACAAAACACAGAAGUGCAUGUGGACGUUUUCCAGUAAACACUGAUUUGGUGAGUUUUAUGUCAAAAGAAUAUCUGACAUGUGAGUUUAAAGUGACCUAAAUUUAUUUUAAAAAAGAAGACAAUAUUUAUGUUUCAAAGUGAAAGUGCACAAAAAAAUAGUGAGACUUUAUAUUUCUGAAUAAAUUAACUAUUAACAAAUGGUAGAUAAACAAAAGUAAAACAAAUUAUUCUGAUUUGAUUUAAUGUUUAUUUUUACUGGUGAAUUCUCAAGCCUAACAAAUAUAAAAGUCAUAACUGGUUUAAAACCAAAGAUUACAUUUUUAAUUUUUAAUCACAGUUUUAUUCAAAUUUAUUGAUGUAAAACUUGUGUUAGAGCUGUUUUGUCUUCAAAUAUUCAGCAGAGCGCUACAGACCAUGGCUAUAACAAAGGACGUAAAUGUGGUAAAAAGUAACUUUAUUGCAUUACACAGCAGACAACCAACAAACAGGGGACAGGCACAUUUUCAUUACUAACAUAAAAAAUACAAACGUAUUUGAUUUAAUAAGAGAUUAUUCAUUUAGGAACAAAAGCAACAGUAGAUUCAGUACUCAAUUCUAGUCACUUGAAUUAGUGUUUCAGCAGCACUGACAUGCUUUCACAUGGAAAUGAAGUCAUUCAUAUACGUUUAGAACAAAAUGUCUAAAAACUUUAUUUUAUAGGUCUCAGAUUUUAAUGAGCGAUUUCAAAGAAUUCUGCCAUGUGAUUCUAAUUAGAGUCAAAAUACAGACCAUGAAUAAGUGGAACGCUGUUAUUUACUUCAUUGCUUGAGACAGUGUAGCAGAAGUCAGCUGACACUGCAAAUAUAUAAACAAAGCUUACAGUUUCAGGUACUGUUUGUAUAAAUGAAAUUUACAAUUACAAAGAGAAAUGAGUUACUGCUUGAGAACUGUCCACAUAGGUCAGCUCUAAGGAAACUUACACAACAAUGGAUUGCCUGUUUUUAGUCAAAUUAAAUAUAAGGGAAAACUAUUCAAAAAGGUGUCAACAGGCUUCAUUCUUACUUACCACUAAAUCUGAAAUAAAUCAAUGAAAGGAAUGUUUAUUUUCAUAUCAGCACUUGUUUUGAACAUCAGCUCACCAGAUCAGUACUUUCUGGGUUUCCUACCUUCCCUUUAAAAUGCGUGUUUUUUUUCUGACCUCUUAUUGGUGCUCUAAGGAGAAUACAGAUUGUUCAGUUUGAGUCAGAGAGAUGUCAUGAGGGCCUUGGUUAGAGACGAUGUGAGCAGCGUUUGGUGGUCCUUUUCACUCAGUGCCGUUACAGCUCAGUCUGAUUACAGAACAGCAGGAACAUCUUCCUCAGUGCCAAACACACAGUGCCAAGCGGCUGCAGCUGAUCCCGAAUCAGUGGCUUAUUAUCAGAGAGGAAGCUGGGAGGGGGGAGGAUGGGGAUUAAUAGUGAGGAGAAUGGGAGUGCCAGCAUUGUCACAGGCUGCAAUAAUGAGUACAAUUUCUGUUUUGGAGGUGCAAUUUGAUAAUAGCAUGCAAUUUAUGUUUGAAAGCAAGAUUUUCCUUCCACCGGCAGUUGAGGAGCUUCCUGCUCUGUCAGGAAAGAAAGGCUUUGUAGGUGAAAGGGAGGGCCAUCUGAUGAAGGAGAGGCUCAAAUGACUUGAAGGGUUUCGUGGGAGAACUAUGUGCACCUUUUUCUGCGUGAAAUUUGAGCCAUUUUCUAAGAAACAGCAUUAAGAUUAUGCCUCUUUUUUUAAAUGUCAAAAUGUAACCUCAAUUUAUGUCAAAAUCCAUGAACCAAAAACAUUGUGUAUUUUUGCAGUGCAAAUCUUCACAUAGGCCAAGGUUUUCCAGCAAGGUAAAACAUAUUGUAAUGUGCUCUAUGCACUUUUCUUUUUUACUCUUCACAACCCUUAAUUAUGUCACUUUGGAGUCUCAUCUGAUGUUUACAGUUUGUGUAUCCUACCCCCCCCAAACAAACGAAAAAAGUAAGUAGCACAUACUUUAUGUGUAUCAUACCUGCUGGGAAUCAGUGGCCAUCUAUGUAAUGAGACUGGUGGUGUAGAUGUGCUAUAUAUAUAUGUGUGUGUGAAUGUAGUCGUACUGUUGUGGGUGGGGGUUGGGGUAUUCAACGUGUAAUGGAGUUAAGUGUCAGUUACGUGAAUGUUCCAGUGUGCAAUUAAUUUGGGAUGUGGUUUGGGGGCCGAUGUCUUCCCUGCUGACCAGUUUGACAGCGACAUCUAAAAGAGCUGAAGUGAUGGAGGCAUCUUACACCUUUUAAUUGGCUUUGGGAUCCAAACAGAAACUGUCAAACAUAUGCGGUUAUUAGGGGAUGACGUGGGCUGGGUUUCCACUGGAAUAAUCUUUAGUCUUAUUCACUGUAUUAUUUCAGACAAAAAUGUUGUGACUAUGUUCAUAAAGAAUCUUUUAACUUUGUCCUGUAUUGUAUUUAACUGAAUGAUCCCAUGUUCCUUCACAGUCUUAGAAAACAAAGAGGAUAAUGAAACCCUUUAAAAUGCACCUUAAAACCUCAACUUUAAAAGUUGCCAUGUGAUAUUAACACAGAUGACUGUCUCUCAGCAUUAGCAAAGUUACGCUUUCUAAUGUGGGUAUGACUGAAAUCAUUGGUUCACUGUGAUGAGUAUUAAUUAUUAAUGAGGGUGCCAUCUAAAUCCACCCUAAAACAGAAUUCACAUAUUUCAGAAAAAGUCAAACGAUCUCUAAGAAUGUAGCUUUGAGACAGUUUAUGGACUUAAAGAGAGAAUUAGGUUACAUGCUAUCUGCCAUAGCUUUUAGAGCUGGUUGGAACAUUAUAAUAAUAAUGGAUACUUUAUUGA